AUGGUUUUACCAUCAGAAGAGAUGAAAAUUUUGAAAUUAAAAAAUGACAGAUAUAAGGUGGCUAUACCAUGCACGAUUUACGCUGAUCUCGAGUGUAUUCUACAACCCAGUGAUGGCGGUGAUGAUGAUAGCUUACAUCAAAAACAUAUUCCAGACAGUGUUGCCUUUUACUUGCAGUGUUCCUUCGAUAAUAAUCUAUCGCGCUUUGAAAUUAAACGUGGAAGUGAUUGUAUUGCGUGGGUCAUGGAUGAAUUAAAGAAAAUCGGGGUGAUGACGUUAAACAUCCAGAUCAUUGCCACUUCACAGAAUCUUUCGGGGUAUGAUGCUCAUUUUAGAAUUUUGGAUUUGGUGAAGGAGUUCAAUGGAUCUGUCGAAUUGCUGCCUUUAACAAAAGAAAAGAACAGUUCAUUCAAGAGAUCUAUUCCACAAACCAAAGUCAACCUAAGAUUUAUUGAUUCAUUCAGAUUUAUGGCUAGUAGCCUGAAAAAAUUGGCGUCCUACUUCACUGAUGAAGAUAAAACAAUUACACAAGCACAUUGCAGCACUGAGCAAUUUCAUUUAUUAAUGCGGAAAGGGGAAGUUUGGAAGAAAUUUAAUAUCACAACACUUGGUGAAUAUUCCGAUCUCUACUCAAAAACAGAUGUUCUCCUCUUGGCCGACAUUUUUGAGAAUUUCCGAAAAAGUUGUUUGUCAGUCUACAAACUCGGCCCACUGCACACAGCACCUGAAUUGGCUUUUGAUGCAAUGCUCAAAUGCACUAGAGUGGAAAUCGAACUUUUUACAGAGGCUGAUAAGCUCUUAUUUAUUGAGAAAGGGAUCCGAGGUGGUGUGGCGCAAUGCAUAAAUCGCUAUGCUCAUGCCAACAAUCGGUAUAUGGGUGAGAAUUAUAAUCCAAACGAAGAGGAGUCCUAUCUCAUGUACAUUGAUCUCAAUAAUUUAUAUGGAGCAGCCAUGAGUCAGUACUUACCAUUGGGAGCAUUUGAGUGGGAAAAUUUCGAUGGAUUCAAUGUCCUCAAUGGUCCUGAUGAUUCACCGAUUAGAUAUAUUUUGGAAGUGGUUUUGGAGUAUCCGAAAGAGCUCCAUGAUCUAAUGAACAACGCAGUCUUUGGGAAAACGAUGGAAAAUGUGAGAAAGCACAGAGAUGUCAAGUUGAUCACCAAGUGGGAUGGAAGAUAUGGUGCGAGAGCCUGCAUUGCCCGAUCAAAUUUCCAGAGCAGUCUAAUUUUCAAUGAUAAUAUGGCAAUCAUCGAACUCAAACGAGUUCAAAUCUGGUUCAAUAAACCAAUCUACAUUGCAUUUGCCAUCUCGGACUAG